UUUGAAAUUGCUGCGUUCAUUGCAUGACACACAACUCGGCUCUAUUCGAUAGAGCUCGUGUAUGACCGGACUCUGCCAGAGAGAGAGAGACAGAGCGAGAGCACUGUAGAACUGAAAGGGCUGAAGUUUCAAUCCACGGGACUGUACACCUGGAAAGUACGAGACAGACAACAGAAAGGAAAACAGUGUGCAGCGAAUUCGUUACUGUGUUUGAAUUAUUAUAUUAGCUGUUGAAUUCCAGAGGAAUGCUGCGGUUUUAGUUACAAGACGGGCAUAACAACUCUGGGAAGUGUUUGUUUCCCAUUUUAACAACAACAACAAAACGUAAAAGCAAUUAUUGAUCCAAAAAGAUAACAUGGCGACCGGAGGCUUCAGAGCACCAAAUACAGCAACGGAUUUUCUGGAAGAAUGGAAGGCUAAACGAGAGAAGAUGAGGGCUAAAAUGCUUGGGGAGCUUGCUGUUUCUGGCAGCAGUACUGGAAGUGGUAGCAACACGGUGGCAACAACUUCUUCAGUGGUCGCUGCAAGAAAGAAUAACAACGAAACUGUCAGCAGGAGAGUAGUUGGGGCAAGUUCAUCAAGCAGUGAAUUAAACAACAAUGGUAACCCUGAUCGUGGAGUUUCCUCUACUUUUAAUUGUGUGUCGGUUUCUUCUCAAUCAAUGGUCCGAUCGCCGUCCUCCUCGGCUCUCCGGAAGAUCGAGGAUGACCCACAGCAAGCGCCCGCCGGUCGGGGAGCCGACCCCGCGGGAGGUAACCUAGCAAAGAAGGUACAAUCCCAACCGGAGAAACUCCCCGGGACCCCACAGGCUGAAGGCACCGGGAAUGUCUGCAGCGAGAGCGACAAAGAAAGCACCCCUUCCCCUGCAGCGAGCUCUAAAGGCAAGGAAAAGAGCAAGAGCUCUGGCCCAAGUGCCAGGAAAGGAAAGGGGCAGAUUGAUAAAAGAAAACUAAGAGAGAAGCGAAGAUCGACAGGUGUUGUCAACAUACCUUGUGAGAGUCCAGAUGAGUUUGAUGACGACAAUUCAGAGCACAAGGAACGGACGAGGGAAAACACGCUCACACAGCAGAAUACUGUGCAGAACGAAGUGCUGGCCUCCGAUCCCAGUCCUGCUCAUCUAUUACAGGACACACCUAGAGCUGUGACAAGCAAGUAUAAAAGCUCUGCGGCUCCUGUUCCAGACGAUGAGGUCCCUGGAAACUCUAAGUACUCUGCCAGGACUGACCGGACAGGGCACACCCGGAAUAACCGGGAACAGAACCCAUCGGGCACGGUGCCUGGCAGAGGCCUGGAGAAGAUCAUCGAAGAACUUGAAAGGGAACUUGCCAAGGAGAGACAGGAAAGUGCACAGCUAAUGAAAGCUCACCAGGAUAAAGACGAACUCAUUGGGAAGCUCAAGGAAGAAAUCGACCUCCUGAACAGGGACCUUGAUGACAUAGAGGAUGAAAAUGAGCAGCUCAAGCAUGAGAACAAGACCCUUCUGAAGGUGGUAGGGCAGCUGACCAGGUAGAAUUGAGUCACUGCUGGAAGAAACAACACAAAAAAACAACUACACAAAAAAACAAACUUAGGACUACAGUAUGUGGCACUGUAUUUAUAAAAUUGCAUAUUUUAUGGAAUGGGUGGAGAAAAAAAAUAUUUUAGGAAAUCAGCAGCUUGUUUGUCUGUCUAUCAUGAAACUGGCUGAAGUGAAGGUCUCUUAUAAAAGUGGCAGAAGUGCUACAGUUCAUUCAUGAUUAGCCCAGUGGCUCGCCUACUGUAGUGAAAGUGCUAUCGCAUGGAAUGCAGGGUUGAGCCGUGCGAUCGAAAGCAUGCAGGUUCAAGUCUCGACUGCAGAGAGUUGACUAUCUAGAAAUACGACAUUAAAGACUUCUAGCUGAAAUGUUUGUGAUUUGAAUUUAUUGAACUUUUUAGUAUUUCUAAAUGUAGUCCUGUUGAGUUUUUAAUAGUUUUAUGUACAGUUCUUUGAGCUCUUUUGUGAAAUAGACAAUCUCAUAAAUACAGCGUAGCCAGUGUCCCAGCAUGUUUAUAGGGGGAACACUAAUUACCAUUCAUGAUUUGUGCUUCCUACAAAUCAGGUAGAUUUUUUUUAUUUUAAUUCAUUUAAAAGUUUUGCAAUUUUUAUUGGAAAGCAAAUUCUGAAAUAAUGAGAUGAGCUUGGAAUGAAUUGACUUUGAUCUGUUAAGAAGCUAUAAAGCUUUCGUGGAUACAGUGUGUUAACAGGAGCACACAGCUGUUGAUUUGUUUUGCCUUGCAUCAAACAUGUUGGGACUUUAAAAAAAAAAAAAAGGGAAAUAAACUUGUUAAGCAGUAAUUGCCAAAGUCGUCUGGUUUAGGGUAGAAACAUAUUUAAUGUAAAUGUAUUGUACAUAGGUCCAUAGUUGGUAUUUGAAGAACUAUAAAUGAAUUAAUGUAUUUAAGAGGCCUUUUGUAUCAAACACUACAAAUCUUUGGUUCAUGAUUAUAUAGAUCCCGCUAAAAAGGGGCCAUAUCUUGACGAUUGAAUAUCUGGAGUUGUUUCUGACUAUUAUGAACUGAGGUGAAGAGUCAGUUUGUUUACACUGUGUCUACAUCAUGAUCAAGUACCAGACAAGUAAAAUAAAUAGUUAAGCAGAUGAGCAUAUCCUAGUUCCAGUUAAACCAAGCCGAAACACUUUAGAUCUUACAUUUGUUUAAGUAUUCUUUGUAGAUAGUGAUCAGUUAAAAACCAAAAUAAAUAAAGCCUUGUGCUUUUUUUUCAUUGUGUUGAUCAUUCAAAUCCAGGUGUGAAAAGUAAAUAUUUAAACAAACAACAGUGAUUUCCCACAAAUAUUUCUGUUAAUAUAUACAGGCUUAUACUUUAAGGUAAUGUAAAUAACCUAGCAAGCUUUUCAUGACCCAGAUAUGAUAUAUGAUCACUUUUAAUAUUUAAUCUGAAGCAAACCUAUUUUGAACUAGAAGGUUAAACCCAGGAAUGUGUUGUGUUUUUUUUUUUUAUGGGGGGGAAGGGGGUUUAUGAGUGGAAUGUCUUGAUUUUUAUUUUGCAAUUCAUUUUAUGGUAGUUUAUCUUUGUAUAUUGUUUUAUGAAAUGCAUUAUUUGGACUGCUUUAAGUUUGGGAUUUUUGGUAGAACUCAAUAGGUCUUUUAUCUGUAUUAAAAAGCCUUAAAUAUAUAGUAAUCUAUUGUGAUUUAUAAUGCCUUUAACACAUCCCAUACAUGUCAAUGUGCACAUUUUUACUUGGUUUGUAUAAUGAAGAUCUUGUUAGAUUUCACCAGUAGCUUAUGCAUGUACAGAAGAGAAGAGUCAUUUAAUAAAGGUUUGAUUACACUUGUA